AACUGCUGCUCCUCGCCGUCUCUCCUCCAACCUUUCUUGUUAGUCCCAAAACAAAACGACAGGUCUGCAAAUAAUAUCCUUUCAUCUCUUCCAUGUCUUCUGCCUACAGUUUCGACUCUGAUCUCCAUGAUGAGGAGAUGGAGAUGGAGAUGGACUUUCUGCGUGAACGGUAUCAGGAGGACAACAGAAACUAUGAUGUGUUUUUAAGUUUCAGAGGGGAAGACACGCGUGCUUCUUUCACUUCACAUCUCUAUACCGCUCUUCACAACGCGGGAGUCUUUGUUUUCAAGGAUGAUGAGACACUUUCAAGGGGAAAUAAAAUUUCACCCUCGCUGCAGUUAGCAAUUGAAGAGUCUCGAGUUUCUGUUGUUGUUUUCUCUAGAAAUUAUGCAGAGUCGCGGUGGUGUUUGAAAGAGUUGGAGAAAAUAAUGGAGUGUCACAGAACAACAGGGCAAGUGGUAGUGCCAGUGUUCUAUGAUGUAGAUCCCUCUGAAGUACGUCAUCAAACAGGCCACUUUGGAAAAGCAUUUCGAAACCUUGAGAACAGACUUUUAAAAGUGGAAGAGGAAGAGCUGCAACGAUGGUGGAAGACGCUUGCUGAGGCCGCUGGCAUCUCAGGGCUUUCUGUUGUCCGAAAUUGCAAUCGUAGAAGGGAGAUUGGUGAUAAGAUAUGUCUCCUUGCGCAGCAUUGGAGGGAGGCACUUCGUGAGGCUGCUGGCAUCUUGGGGGAUUCAGUCUCAGAAUUCGGAAAAAUGGACAUUGCUAAUAAAAUAGACUACUUUGUGGAGCGUUGGAGGGACGGACUUUGUGUUGCCACUCGCAUCCCGUGGAGAGGAAUGUUGAUUGCUGAAAAGUUAAUAGAUCUCCUUGUGAAGCAUUGGAGGGAAACACUGUGUGAGGCACUUUGUGAGGCUGUUGGUUUCUCAGAUGGUGCAGACUUAUAUUACAGUAGAGAAAUUGAGAUGGUUUAUAAAAUAGAACCGCUUGUGGUGAAUUGGAGUACGGCACUUGGCGAGGCUGCAGGUAGCAUCUCGGGGGGUGCACACCUAAAUUCCCAAGGGAAGUUUGCUAAUGAGAUAAGCCUCCUCAUGAAGCAUUGGAGGGAGGCACUUUGUGAGCAUAAUGGCAUCCCAUUGGUUUUCCUCUUAAAUUUCAGUGUUGAAGAGGAGAUUAUAAGAGAUUUUAAGGACUUAAUGAUGUCUUGGAAGGAAGCACUUCGUGAGGCUGCUGGCAUCUCGAGGGUUGUAGUCCUAAAUUACAGGGGAAAAGUGAAGAUUGCUACUGAAGAGAGAAACAUCCUCGUGAAACAUUGGGCAGAGACACUUCGUGAGGCUGCUAGCAUCUCAGGGAUUGUAGUCCUAAAUUCCAGGAAUGAAAGUGAGGCUAUCAAAACUAUUGUUGAAAACAUUACGCGUUUGUUAAACAAGACAGAGUUGUUCGUUGCUGAUAAUCCAGUCGGCAUAGAACCACGAGUCCAGGAAAUGAUUGAACUAUUAGACCAAAAACAAUCAAAUGAUGUUCUAAUACUCGGGAUGUGGGGGAUGGGAGGCAUUGGUAAAACGACUAUUGCAAAAGCCAUUUACAAUAAGAUUGGCCGCAAUUUUGAGGGAAAAAGCUUCCUCGCACAUAUUAGGGAAGUUUGGGAGCAAGAUGCUGGUCAAGUAUAUCUACAAGAACAACUUCUAUUUGAUAUCAAAAAAGAAACAAACACAAAGAUACGUAAUGUUGAAUCAGGAAAAGUUAUGUUAAAAGAACGACUUCGCCAUAAAAGGGUACUUCUUAUACUUGAUGAUGUAAAUAAAUUGCAUCAAUUGAAUGUUUUGUGUGGAAGUCGUGAAUGGUUUGGUUCAGGGAGUAGAAUAAUCAUCACAACUAGAGAUAUGCAUAUACUUAGAGGGAGAAGAGUUGACAAAGUGUUCAGAAUGAAAGGAAUGGAUGAAGAUGAAUCUAUUGAGCUUUUUAGUUGGCAUGCAUUUAAGCAAGCAAGUCCAAGAGAAGAUUUUAUUGAACUUUCUAGAAAUUUAGUUGCUUAUUCUGCGGGAUUGCCACUAGCUCUUGAAGUCCUUGGGUCCUAUUUGUUUGAUAUGGAGGUAAUAGAGUGGAAGAAUGUAUUGGAGAAACUCAAGAAAAUUCCUAAUGAUGAAGUACAAGAGAAAUUAAAAAUAAGCUAUGAUGGUUUAACUGAUGAUACAGAGAAAGGAAUAUUCCUUGAUAUAGCUUGUUUCUUUAUAGGAAUGGACCGGAAUGAUGUUAUACAUAUCUUAAAUGGUUGUGGGCUUUGUGCAGAAAAUGGAAUACGUGUCUUGGUAGAAAGAAGCCUUGUAACUGUAGAUUAUAAGAACAAGCUUGGAAUGCAUGAUUUGCUGCGAGACAUGGGAAGAGAAAUCAUUCGUUCAAAAACACCAAUGGAGCUUGAGGAGCGUAGUAGGUUAUGGUUUCAUGAAGAUGCGCUUGAUGUAUUAUCAAAAGAAACUGGAACAAAAGCUAUUGAGGGACUGGCUUUGAAGUUACCAAGAAAUAAUACAAAAUGUUUGAGCACUAAAGCUUUUAAGGAGAUGAAAAAACUCAGGUUGCUUCAACUUGCUGGUGUACAACUGGUUGGAGAUUUCAAGUAUCUUUCCAAAGAUCUUAGAUGGCUUUGUUGGCAUGGAUUUCCUUUAGCAUGCAUACCAACAAACCUUUAUCAAGGAAGUCUAGUUUCUAUUGAGCUAGAAAACAGCAAUGUUAAUCUUUUGUGGAAAGAAGCCCAGGUAAUGGAGAAGCUGAAAAUUCUUAAUCUCAGUCAUUCUCAUUAUUUAACACAGACUCCAGACUUUUCAAAUUUGCCUAAUCUUGAAAAGCUAUUACUCAUAGAUUGUCCAAGGUUGUCCGAGAUUUCCUAUACCAUUGGACAUCUCAAUAAAGUUCUUCUAAUAAAUUUUCAAGAUUGUAUUAGCCUUCGUAAGCUUCCAAGAAGUAUCUAUAAGUUGAAAUCUCUUAAAGCACUCAUUCUUUCAGGAUGUUUAAAGAUUGACAAGUUAGAAGAGGAUUUGGAACAAAUGGAGUCUUUGACAACCCUUAUUGCGGAUAAGACUGCAAUAACAAGAGUGCCAUUUUCAAUAGUUAGAUCAAAAAGAAUUGGAUAUAUCUCUUUGUGCGGCUAUGAAGGAUUCUCACGUGAUGUGUUUCCUUCAAUCAUUUGGUCUUGGAUGUCACCAACAAAUAGUCUCUCAUCCCGCGUUCAAACAUUUCUAGAUGUGUCAUCUCUCGUUUCUUUAGACGUGCCAAAUAGUAGUUCCAAUCAUCUAUCAUAUAUUUCUAAGGACCUUCCACUGCUUCAAAGUCUUUGUAUAGAGUGUGGCUCAGAACUUCAACUUUCUAUAGAUGCUGCAAAUAUUUUGGAUGCUUUAUAUGCCACAAAUUUUGAAGAAUUGGAAUCAACUGCAGCCACAUCGCAAAUGCAUAAUAUGAAUGUUUUAACAUUAAUUGAAUGCAACAAUCAAGUACACAACUUAGGAUCAAAAAAUUUCAGGAGAUCACUUUUAAUUCAAAUGGGAACGAGUUGUCAAGUCACCAAUAUUCUGAAACAGAGAAUUUUACAGAAUAUGACAACUAGUGAUGGUGGUGGUGGUUGUUUGCUCCCCGGUGAUAGCUAUCCAGAUUGGUUAACCUUCAACAGCGAAGGUUCAUCCCUGACUUUUGAAAUCCCUCAAGUGAAUGGGCGUAACUUGAAGAAAAUGAUGUGCCAUGUCCAUUAUUCUUCCCCGGAAAAUAUAACUUCAGAUGGUUUGAAAAAUUUGUUGGUGAUAAAUCACACAAAGGCCAUCAUUCAACUUUAUAAGAGAAAUGCAUUAGUCUCCUUUGAAGAUGAGGAGUGGCAGGGGGUACUAUCAAAAAUAGAGCCUGGAAACAAAGUGCAAAUUGUUGUUGUCUUCUGGAGCAAAUUAACUGUUCACAAGACAACAAUUUAUCUCAUAUAUGAACCAAUGAAUGAAAAAAUAGAGCAUUCCCGUGCACUAAAUAAGAAUGUAAUGGAUUCUAGUGGUGAAGAAAAUGAAUGUGUUGUUGGGACCAUCUCUCUUCAAGUAGAAUCCAUAUAUAAGCCAACAAAUGACAUAAUGGAGCAUUGUCAUGCAUCAAAUAAGAAUGCAAUUGUUUCCAGCAGUGAUGAAAAUGAAUGUGUUGUUGGGACCAUCUCUCUUCAAGUAGAAUCCAUAUAUAAGCCAACAAAUGACAUAAUGGAGCAUUGCCAUGCAUCAAAUAAGAAUGCAAUUGUUUCCAGCAGUGAUGAAAAUGCAUGUGUUGUCAGGCCGUUCUCUCCUCAAGUGGAAUCCAUAGAUGACUUAAGAUGUGUUUCAAAAAAAGGCUUGAUUAAGCGCUUAUUGAAUAAGUUCUUAUCAUGCGAAUACUUUUGUAAUGCAAACUCAGAAAAUAAGAAAAAUCAAGGUUAAAAGAUGGUGAAAGAAUGUCAGGUCCCAAUUGAUUCUUAUGGUGGCUGCAAAUCUUGUAUUGUUGCUUGUACUGAGAUUGCUUUGGGCAGUGGAUGAUUUGUUUUACAUGUAGAUUGGUGGCUACUAUUAAUUCUCUAAAUCUGAUGGCUAAAGAAUGGAUGCUUGGGGAAGGUCCACUUGUUUUGGGAUCUUGGUUUCUAAGGGAGUCCAACUUGUGCUUGAUUCUGAUGCCCUUGAUUUUAAUCCUUUGAAGUGAAAAAGAUAUGUGUAAUCCAAAUACUUGACAAUUGAUCAAUCAAAUGAAUAGUAUGCUUAAAUAGAAUUGGCAGGUGGAUCAACUGCGUUUUUAGAGAAGUCAUAAAACAAGUUGAUAACCUUGGCAAUCUAAGUAUGUACCUAUGUUGAUCAUUUCCUGCAGCAUGAGAUGCAUGACUCCUAUUAUGGUAAUACUGUUAUGAGAGAUCUUGCUUAGUGUGCCUGCUGUAAUUCUUCGAUCUUUUGAAAUUUAAUCUAGUUAUCUUCAAAUAAA